CUGAUCGACCUGGGCUGUGCUGAGAGCAGCCUCUGCGACCUGAAAGUGCCUUCUCCUAGUGCCUUGCUGGUGGACAACCCCGCGUCCUUCGGGAACGCCAAGGAAGUGGUAGCCAUCAAAGACUACUGCCCCACUAACUUCACCACUUUGAAGUUCUCCAAAGGGGACCACCUGUACGUCCUGGACACCUCAGGAGGUGAGUGGUGGUAUGCUCACAACACCACGGAGAUGGGCUACAUCCCUUCCUCCUACGUCCAGCCGGUGACCCACCGCGACUCCUCCCUGACCGACAGCGGGAUGAUCGACCACCUCCUGGAGGGCCCUGACGAGGGGGUCAGGGAGUUGGACCUGCUUGGAGAAUGGACUGAAGCCCAAAGAAACUCCCUGAAAACCUACCACAACAACCCCUUCUUGAACGGGGUCCAGACCAACCCGUUUCUCCAUGGGAACGGUGGGCAAACGGUGCCCGGCUCGGACCUGGAGCCCAACGUCGCCGUCGACUUGUUGCUCUUUGACACGGGGGCUCCUGCUCCAGGGCUCUCCAGCUCUGCUGCCAACAGCAGCCUGGGGAACAUCUUUGAUGAGUUUCCUUCCACGAACGGGCUGGAUCUGGAGCAGCCUGUGAGAAGGGACAAUCCUUUCUUCAGGAGUAAACGCUCCUACAGCCUGUCCGAGCUGUCGGUUCUUCAGGCCAAGUCGGAGGCUCCGGCGGCGGCGGCGGGUUUUGGGUUGAAGUCUCCCACCCCCGAGCAGUUCCAGAGCAGGGAGGACUUUAGGACAGCGUGGUUGAACCACAGGAAGUUGGCUCGGUCUUGCCACGACUUGGAUUUGCUUGGUCAAAACCCUGGCUGGGGGCAGACUCAACCGGUGGAGACCAACAUUGUCUGCAAGCUGGACAGUUCUGGUGGGGCCGUUCAGCUUCCUGACACCAACAUCAGCAUCCACGUGCCAGAGGGACACGUGUGCCCCGGGGACACCCAGCAGAUCUCCAUGAAAGCCAUGCUGGACCCGCCGCUGGAGCUGAACAGCGACACGUGCAGCACCAUCAGCCCCGUCCUGCAGAUCAAGCUGAGCAACAUGGAGGUGAAGACCUUCCUCGUUCUGCAGAUGAAGGUGUCGGCGGAGGUGAAGGACGACCUCGUGAGCAGGAGUUUGGUGGGACUGCAGUGCCUGAGGAGCGACGUGAAGGAGGGGCCCUACACGCCCCUGCAGCUGAGCUGCUCCUAUGGGGACACCAUCCAGGUGCAGCUGGAGAACCUGGAGCCUUGCAUGUACGUUGCAGCCGUGGCCCAGGGGCAGAACAUCCUCUACCCUUACACGGUCUGGGAUUACAUCCACAAGAAGGUCACGGUGGGGGUCUACGGCCCCAAGCACAUCCACCCUUCUUUCACCACCGUGGUGGCCCUCUUUGGGCACGACUGUGCUCCCAAGACCCUCCUGGUGAACGAGGUCACCAGGCAGUCCCACAGCCCAGCUCCCGUCGCCCUCCAGCUCUGGGGCAAGCACCAGUUUCCCCUGCCCAGGCCUCAGGACCUCAAGCUCUGCAUGUUCUCCAACAUGACCAACUACGAGGUGAAAGCCGGUGAGCAAGCCAAAGUGGUGAGGGGCUUCCAGGUGAAGCUGGGCAAGGUCAGCCGCCUCAUCUUCCCCAUCGCCUCCCAGGACCCCAACGAGCUCUCGGACUUCACGCUGAGGGUCCAGGUGAAGGAUGACACGGAUGCCAUCCUGUCCCAGUUCUGCGUCCAGACGCCGCCGCCGCCGCCCAAAAGCGCCGUCAAACCCGCGGGGCAGAGGAGGUUCCUGAAGAAGAACGAGGUCGGGAAGAUCAUCCUCUCCCCUCUGGCUGCCACCACCAAGUACCCGGUUUUUCAGGACAGGCCAGUGUUGAGCCUGAAGUAUGGGAAGCUGCUGAAGACCGUGGUGAGGCAGAGCAAGAACCACUACCUGCUGGAGUACAAGAAGGGAGACGUCGUCGCCCUCCUGAGCGAGGAGAAGGUCAGGUUGAAAGGGCAGCUGUGGACCAAGGAGUGGUACAUCGGCUACUACCAGGGAAAGGUGGGCCUCGUGCACACCAAAAACGUGCUGGUGGUGGGGAAGGUGAAGCCCAGUUACUUCUCCGGGCCGGAUCUCACCACCAGCUUGUUGCUGGAGCAGAUCCUGAGGCCGUGCAAGUUCCUGACCUACAUCUACGCCUCGGUGAGGACCCUGCUGAUGGAGAACCUCAGCAGCUGGAGGUCCUUUGCUGAUGCUCUGGGCUACUUGAACUUGCCACUUACCUUCUUCUGCCGAGCGGAGCUGGACAGCGAGCCAGAGAGGGUGGCUUCUGUCUUGGAGAAGCUGAAGGAAGACUGCAACAACACGGAGAACAAGGAGAGGAAGUCCUUCCAGAAGGAGCUGAUGACGGCCUUGCUGAAGAUGGACUGCCAGGGGCUGGUUGUCAGGCUGAUCCAGGACUUUGUGCUGCUGACCACGGCUGUGGAGGUGGCCCAACGUUGGAGGGAGCUGGCUGAGAAGCUGGCCAAGGUCUCCAAGCAGCAGAUGGAUGCCUACGAGGCCCCACACAGGGACAAGAUGGGAGCAGUGGACAGUGAGGCCAUGUGGAAGCCAGCAUAUGAUUUCCUUCUCACCUGGAGCAGCCAGCUGGGUGACAGCUACCGGGAUGUGAUCCAGGAGCUGCACACAGGGCUGGACAAGAUGAAAAACCCCAUCACCAGGCGUUGGAAACAUCUCACUGGCACCUUGAUCCUCGUCAACUCCUUGGACAUGCUGAGGGCAGCUGCCUUCAGCCCACAAGACCACGAGGACUUUGCCAUUUAG